AUGAUCUCUCUUCGUAGCAUCCUGAUUCUUCUCGGGCUCAUUGCCAUGGCUCACGCGUGUGCUCCAAAUACUCGAAGAUAUCACGGAUUGUGCAGAUAUUAUGUGGAUGGAACUAGUGAUACUGACGAGGGAACUGUUGAUGAUAGUGGGAAGCCUAUUGAGUCUGGAAGUGGAAGUGGAUCUGGAAGUGGAUCAUCUAGCUCGGGUUCAGCUUCGGGCUCCGCAUCAGGAUCGAUUUCUGGAUCAGCUUCAGGAUCUACUAGCUCUAGCUCAUCAUCUUCAAGCUCCUCCAGCUCUUCCAGCUCUUCCACCAGUGGAAAACGAAAGAAGAGAGAUUCAGGAGACUCGGAUUCUGAUGAUGACUCUGAUUCUACCCAUGAACACGAUCAUGCUAGUCACGAGCACGAUAAUCAUAGUGAUUCAAGCCAUGAGCAUUCUUCCUCCGGCUCUUCGAGCUCAUCCAACAAAUACACUCGCGGAAAGAAGAAGAGCAACACCAAAUGCUACAAAUAUCAAGAUGGAACAUCGGAUGAUGGAGCAAAGUUGAACAGCGGUGUUAAGACUUUUACUAUUAGUGAGUUUCGGGAGCUAGGCUUGAAAAAAGAGAGAAUUUUUUUUUCAUUUAGGCAAAGUCAUCUAGAAGAUUUGUUAGGAUUAACCUUUGAGGUUAAUGAGCUUAGGUUAGGAAAAAAAGUUGAGAAGGAUGAGGAUAUUUUGCAUACAAAACCAAUUAUCAGAGGUAAAAUUCAAGUUAAAGUCAGUUUUACGUCAAAAAUUCUAGAAUUUCGAAUUUUUUGCACUAAACUUCAAAUCCAAAUUUUUCAAGCGCACCAGAAAUUCAAUUUUCGCAGAAUUUUUGGCUGUGAAAAAUUAGUUAAUUAGUAAACUUAAGUUAAUUAGUUAACUGAAUAUUCAAAGCCACGUGGAAAAUUCUAGAAUCUAUUUUUUUAAAAUCAAAUCCUGAGCCCCAAAAAACUCACUUGAUCUAAUUCCUUCAUUUUUCCUCUUCAUAACGCCAAUCCAUGUUUCCAGCCGUCACCAAAACCACCUCAACCAAGUCCAAGUAA